AUGGAUCCUAAGGAGCAAGUGCCCUUCUCUACAAGGGUGCUCUGCGAAAAGUUGCCUGAGGGAUACUGGCCUCCAGCUAUCGGUGAAUAUGACGGUAGUCAGGACUCGGAAGAUCAUCUCCGUAAGUUUAGGAACAUUGCUCUGUUACAUCAGUAUAGUGAUGCUAUCAAGUGUCGAGUGUUCCUUAAUACUUUAUCUGGCUCAGCGCAAAAAUGGUGUGACGGGUUGCCGAACGGGUCCAUCACUUGCUAUCAUGAUUUCAAAACAGUCUUCCUACGCCACUUCGCUAGUAGCAGGAAAUACCAAAAGACGGAUCAUUGCCUCUUCGCACUUAAGCAAGGGUCAGCCGAGCCCUUGCAAAGUUAUAUCAAGUGCUUCAACCAGGUGGCUCAGGACGUUCCAUCAGCCACCUCCGAAAUAUUGAUGAGCGCCUUUUCUCAUGGAUUAAUAGAGGGGGAGUUCUUCUGGGAUCUCAUUCAAGAUCCCGUAAAGAACUUCGACGAGAUGCUGGGGAAGGCCACUAGCUAUAUCAAUGUAAAGGAAGCUCAGGCUGCUGAACGAAAAGCAGACAAGGUGUCUACUUCCACUAAUAAACUAGAAAAAAAGCCACCACAUCCUCCAACCCAACCUCUUCCACGUGCUCAGGACGCCCGACCUCCCUUGGGGCCCGGUUUGGAUACCCGACCGACUCCACGUGUAGCAGCUGUUCAAGCCCCAAGGCCUGGGUCGUGA